CUAAUGCAAUCUUGUUCUCAAGCAUCCAUCAUGCUUCCUCUGUCUCAGUCUUUUACACAAUCAUCUACCUCGCAGUCAAGCUUGUUUGCAACGAGUCAAUCGUUGAACUUUCCCGACAUUUCCUCAAGCUUUGGCAGCCAGACCUUCGGAUCUCAGACAUUAAGUGACUUGAGUUUAUUGGGAUCGCAAGACGUCAACUCGCCAGAAACUUUCAAGCAGAACAUCAUACUUGUUCUCGAUCAGUUAACCAGAGUGCAGUCGCUUGUUCGGAGCGCCAUAGCCGGAAUCGAACACGCCUAUCGUCCAGGGACCAAUCCUAUACAGACAUCAGCGGACAUCGUUUCUUUGAGGCAGGCGGUUGACCUAUUGCAAGAACUCCUCAGACACUCGGGGGUUGGUGCGCUACCGCUCCUCGACCCUCAAAAUCCAGAACUCCCAACCGAGCAACAAUUACUUUCGGACACCAAUAAAGUAAUUCGACAUCUAUUCGAUCACCUCAAACGUAUUCAGGAUAGUUCCGCUGUCGUUGCUAACCUGCUUGGGGCAGCUGAACAGCACGGGAGAAGGUGAACAAGGUUUAUGAAAGUGUAUAUUGCGAAUCGCAAUUCAAGAUACAGCUUGAAAAUGCGCAUCGAGCCGCCAUUAUUGGCGAUAUGGCGAAUGUGCAAAGUCAUCCCUGACUUCGCCCGAACUUAGAGCCAAGCUAUCCGUUUCACUGUGUCAAACGCCGUACGUCGAUUUACCGCAAGCUCGUGUACUCACUCGGCUAAUUCGAUAUUGGUGCUGAAGAGACCGUUGCGCGACGAAGGCACGUCCUUCUCAAGGAUGGCCUGUUCGCGAGGUAUAGGCAAGGAGGUGUCGCUUGUAGCAUGGAUUGUACGCGGUUCACCGGAUAAAAGGAGAGACGUUACGGCUCGGGAAGAUGCGAUUAUACUAGACACGGACGGUCAGUUCUUUGUCGCAGCGCGUAGGCUUGGCCUACUUACCUGACAGUCACACCUGUUUGCCAUGAGAAUUUUGAGAAUCAUGUCAUAGGAAAUGUUCCCCACUUACCGGGUGCAGCGCAAAUAACAUUCAUUACGGCUACGGAUAAGUCAG